CAAUCACACUUUUCUUCUGAUGAACUUCCCUAUUAAGAUUUCAGAGACGAUCGAGAUGGCUUAUACUCUCAGUUGGAAGUGAACGAAGGAGUUUCCCUUCAUCAUGUUUUUUUUUCCUUCAGAGUGAAGAUAUCAUAAGCCAAGAACAGUAGCAAUUUCCCCUGCAGCGCAUUCCGAUCACUCCGACGUUUAUUUUACUUUCAGGAAUUCAGGGUGGUCGUAAAAAACAUGGCUUUUCCACAUUCAGCCAAUGAUUUCUCCGCUCAUCACACUAAGAAAAGUGUGGGUGGUGAAGAGGUCAGAUGGAUAAAACACUACAGUAGUUCCCACAAGAUUCUCUUAGUGGGCGAAGGAGACUUCUCUUUCGCCGCCAGUCUAGCGGCAGCCUUUGGUUCUGCUUCUAACUUGACUGCAACUUCCCUGGAAUAUAAAAAGGAUUUGAAGAAAGCUUAUAAAAAAGCUGUUGAUAAUAUCCAAGAGUUGCAAUCAAAGGGGUGCAAUGUGUGGCAUGGUGUUGAUGCCACUGUUAUGGCAUCUCAUCCCUGUUUGAAAAACAUGGUGUUUGAUUGUAUAGUUUUCAACUUUCCGUUUGCUGUCCUUCCCAAGGAAAAACGUGGCAAUCUUCACCAUCAGACGGUUCUCAAGAAACAACAAUCCCUUGUGGUGAAAUUUCUUGAAAAUGGCAAGCAGAUGAUUGGUGAAAAUGGUGAAAUCCAUAUCACCCAUAGGACAGAUGGGUUGUUUGGUGCGUGGAGAAUAAAGUUUCUUGCAUCUAAGCAUGGGUUUGAACUUGUGGAGGCUUCUGAUUUCCACAUUUCAGAUUAUGCAUUGUACAAUGCCAAAUGGGGAAAUGGAAGUGAUGAUAACUUUGAGUCUUACCCUAGUAAGACGUACAGGUUCCGGCUUCCUCGUCCACCCUUGAAGCCUGAUUCUUUUUCGCGACCCACACUACCAUCUCUCCAGGAUGUGUCGAUAUUUCCAGCAGGAAACUCCAAUGCAUUUCAGGAGUUACCAUCUCUGUCACUAUUUCAUAAUAUGAAGCAUGAUGAUGUGAUUGAGAGUUUGGUAGCAGAAGAGGAAUUGAUCAAAAAACACUACAGUAGUUCACAAAAGAUUCUGUUAGUGGGGGAAGGAGACUUCUCUUUCGGUACAAGUUUAGUUGCGGCCUUUGGCUGCGCUUCUAACUUGACUGCCACAUCCCUUGAACAUAAAAGGGAUUUGAAGAAAGUUUAUGGAAAAGCUGUUGAUAAUAUCCGAGUGUUGCAAUCAAAUGGGUGCAAGGUGUGGCAUGCUGUUGAUGCCACUGUCAUGGCAUCUCAUCCUUCUUUGAAGAACUUGGUGUUCGACCGCAUAAUAUUCAACUUUCCAUUCGCUGUCCUGUCCAAGCAAGGAUGGAGCCAUCUUCACCUUGAGAGUGUUCUCAAGAAACAACGCUCCCUUGUAGGAAAAUUUCUGGAGAAUGCCAAGAAGAUGAUUGGUGAAAAGGGUGAAAUCCACAUCACUCACAGGAAAGAUGGAAUCUUUGGUGCAUGGAGAAUAAAGUUUCUCGCAUCUAAGCAAGGGCUUGAACUUGUGGGAGCUAUCGAUUUCAAUAUUUGUGAUUAUCCAGGUUACAACCCCAAAUGGGGAAAUGGAAGUGACGAUAACUUGGAGAGUUUUCCCAGUAAGACAUACAAGUUCCGACUUCCUCAUCCUCCACAGAAGGCUAAUUCAUUUUCAUCAAAGAGCACUCAUCAGGAUGUUCCAAUAAUUUCACCCACCAAGAUUUAUCCUUUUGAGCAUCCUGAGGAAUUUUAUGCCUUUAGUGAGAACUUGUCACAUGCACACCAGGAGUUGCCAUCAUCUUCGGUUUCUUCUGGUAUGAAUAUCUUGGCAUGUGGGGCAUCCUCAAGGAACACUUGUUCCAGUCAUGAUAAUAAUAAUUCAAUAGAGUUGAACAAAGUGUCUCAAGAAUUUUCUGUAGAAGAGUUAAAGUCAAUUCUGACGCAGCAAAAGGCAAACACCUCUACUCUUCAAAGCAGUUCUUUUGUUUCCCAUGAUUCAGCAGAAGAGAAGUGGGUAAACAAAUAUAGUAGUUCCCACAAGAUACUGCUAGUAGGUGAAGGGGAUUUCUCCUUCUCUGCCAGUUUGGCUGCCAGUUUUGGCUCGGCCGUUAACAUCAUUGCCACCUCCCUUGACUCUAAGAAAACAGUGAAGAGAGAGUAUGAUAAAGCAGUUCACAACAUUAGCAUGUUGAAGGCAAAGGGAUGCAAGGUGUUGCAUUCUGUUGAUGCUACUGCAAUGGCAUCUCAUCCAAGCUUAAAGGGUUUAGCAUUUGAUCGUAUAGUUUUCAACUUUCCAUUUGCUAUUGUUCCUAAGGACUGGAGCCACCGUCAAAUCUGUGAACAUCAAUCUCUUGUUGAAAAGUUUCUAGAGAACUCCAAGCAGAUGAUUGCCGAAAGUGGUGAGGUCCAUAUUACUCACAGGACGGAUGGAUGCUUUGGAGCAUGGAGAAUAAAGUAUCUUGGAACUAACCAAGGACUUGAACUUGUGGAAGCUAAGAAAUUCAACAUUAGUGACUACCCAGGCUACAACCCAAGAUGGGAAAUUGGAAGUAAUGGCAAUGUGAUGUGCAUGCAUAGUAAAACAUACAUGUUCAGGCUUCCUCAUCGACCCUUAAAGACUGUUUCUUGUUCUUCUUCUCCAACAGAACCAUCAAGCAUCUCUGUUGAGGAUGUCUCCAUAUUGGAGCCUACCAACAACGAUCUUGGUGCUGAGCUGUCUGUAGAGUUUAACUCUGGUUUCACCGAGAAUUGGGCCAAUGCACAUGGGAAAUUAACUACUCCAUCAUUAUUAUUUCCCAAAUCCAAUGUCCUGUUUGGGGCUGAAAGCCAUAAUGCGGUACAGGAUGAAGUGUCUGCACGUAGUUGUGCUAAAUUGUUAGGUGCAAGUAGAUGGGUUCGAACUGAAGCUACUUCUUCUUUUUCAAGCACUGGUUAUCAGCUGAAGCAAAAGGACACGUGGCAAGAUAAUGGUUUCGUACCAGAAGAGGAAUGUGCAAAACACUGUAGCAGUUCGCACAAGAUGGUGCUUGUGAGUGAAGGGGACUCUUCCUUCUCUGCCAGCUUAGCUGCAGCUUUUGGCUCUGCUUCUAACACGACAGCCACUUCUCUCGAUUCCAAAAGGGUGUUGAAGGAACAAUAUGAGGGAGCUGUUUAUCAAAUUGAGGAGUUGAAAAGAAGUGGAUGCAAUGUGAUGCACGGUGUUGAUGCUACUGCUGCCUCAAAUCCCAAGGAGUCUGCUGCUGCUUAUAGUAUGUUUGAAAAUGACGAGUUGUAUUUUCCUCCAAUGAUGUUUCCUGAUGGGGGGGAAGCUACGCCUAGUUCUGUUUAUGCUACACCAACUUUGCAUCAUUUUCUUCUUCCAAGCAAAUAUUUGGGCAGUGAGGAGAAAUGGAUAAAGCAUUAUAGUAGUCAUCAGAAGAUAUUGCUGGUUGGUGAAGGAGACUUCUCAUUCUCUGCCUGUUUAGCUGUGGCCUUCGGAUCCGCUGCUAACAUGACUGCCACAUCUCUGGACUCUGAUGAUUUCUUGACCACAAACUACUGCAAAGCAUUUUUGCACCUUAGGGAGUUGAAAGCCAGAGGGUGUAAGGUGAUGCAUGGUAUUGAUGCAACCUGCAUGAUCUACAACCCCUGCUUGAUGGGCUCCACCUUCGACCGCAUCGUCUUCAACUUCCCGUAUGCUGGGUUUUUCAAGGACAUACCCCGGACGUCUCAGCUUUGCUGCCAUCAAUACCUGAUAAGGUUGUUUCUGCACAACGCGAAGCAGAUGCUCAGCGGAGCCGAGGGGGAGAUCCACAUAACGCACAAGACGAACGGGUUUCACAAAGAGUGGAAUAUAGCUGGGAUUGCUGUGCAGGAGGGGCUUGAGCUGGUUGCCACCGUUGACUUUGAUGCGGGCGACUAUCCGGGUUACAGUCACAAGUAUGGCUUUGGGGGUGACAACGCUUUCAACUGCUCUCCCAGUCAAACUUACAUCUUCCGUCUUCCUCCUCCUACAUUCAUGCCCUGGCCUUGGCCUUAAGCUUUCCUUGUCACCAACCCUGCACUAUUUAUUCAAGGUGCAUGUACUUUUAGUCAAAACUUACCUAUGGUUUGUUGCAGCUGUAUAUGUUCUCUGAGAGUGUAUCUCAUCAAAGUUAUAAUCUAUCCGUAGUUUCUCCUGUGAAGAACUAUAGAUUGAAGUGUGUAAUAAUGUAAAUUUAUGUAUCAGUUAAGUUAUAUACUCCGUAUAUAUUUUGGUAGGAAUCUUAUGUAUUUUGGGCAGUUUAUUUUAUUCUACUACAAAUCUGAUCAAGUCUAAUCAGUAUUUUCACUUUGUGCAU